GUUAGCAAGGGCUGGGUAAACUCCCCCUCCCUGCUGUGCCUUUUUUCUUUCCAUUUCUUUCUUUUUCUUUCAGGUGACAGUCCUUGAGCUCCUGAAGAUUGCUUCUGUUCCCAAUUGAUCUAUCACAAUGUUCGGUAACCCUUGCUGCUGCAGCCUGUGCAGAACCACCACCAUAAUCACUGAAGCAGCAAACAUAGGUACAUCAGCAUUUGGCAUACUGAUGAGAAAAUUGGCAUGGGCAUAGUUCAUUACACAUUGAAGAAAAGAACCAAAAGCCACAAGAAAGCAGCUUUCUUGCAGUGGUUCUCAAAGCCAAUGGUUGUGGUUUGGGGAAACUUUAGACAUCUGUAGAGAAGGAAGACAUGGCAGGCAGACAUGAUGAAUAACCCACUUAGGACCAGAACUACGUCCAGGUACUCCUUUUUCCAUGCCAUUCUUUCUAUUUCAGUGUUUGCCUGCAGAGAAUAAUCAAGGUAAUCAAAGAUGAUCUUCAUAAAAUUUUAAGUAAUAUGUUCAAAGUGUGUUCAUGGUGGAUUUGUUCAACUAUUAAAGUUGUGGCAUUUGU